AGGAGGGAUGAAAUGAGCCCAACAAAGUUCAGGUUAUUUAUUUAGAUUAGAGAGAAGUAUGUGACCUAUUUGAAAGGUCCCAGUUCAGCUGCACUUGGAGUUUGAAAUGAGAAGACAACAUUCCUUGUCAAGUUGUCAUAUAAUAAGACGAUAUAAACGGGCGUUAUCUACAACCUUCUCUUUUUGAAACCACUCAUCCUGGCAUUCUAGGAAAGGAGAAAGGCCUUGUUCAAAUCAUUUGCUCUCAAAUUCAAAAGAAAAAAGAAAUGCCGACGUUGAAUUUGUUCACAAAUCUGCCAGUGGAUGCAGUGGUGGCCUCUGACAUUCUCAAGGACGCCACCAAAGCCGUUUCUAAAAUCAUUGGCAAACCCGAGUCUUAUGUGAUGAUUUUGCUGAACGGGUCAGUGCCUAUGGCAUUUGCGGGCACGGAAGAACCGGCAGCCUACGGAGAAUUAAUCUCCAUUGGGGGCAUUGGACCGAGUGUUAAUGGAAAACUGAGUUCAACUAUUGCAGAAAUUCUGGAAACCAAGCUUUCCAUCGAUAGCUCCCGCUUCUAUAUCAAAUUUUAUGACGUUGAGCGGCCCUUCUUUGGGUUUAACGGCUCAACAUUUUGAUGACCACUGUUCUUGGCUAAUGGUUCUAUGAAGUGUAGAAGGUGAGGCUGGCUAAUGGCUUCUUCUCUUCCUCAGUUGUAAUUUUCUUUUACGUAAAAAGAAAACUCUUUAGUUUGUAUUCUCUGAUGAAAUUUAAACUGUUAUUCAAAUCAGAAAUAGCCAGUUGUGUAUUAUGCCAUACAUGAAAUUUAAACUGAUUAAACCGUGAUAUAGAAGUUAGAUGGUGCUUAUAUGUUAUGAGCUCAA